AUGGUGGUCUUCGUGGGCUGCCUGGUGCUGCGCAGGGUGGAGGAGUUCACCGGCGGGGCGGUUCCCUGGACGCGCAUCGCGCCCGUGUACGGCCCGGCGCUGAAGCGGGGAGAGGUCUGGCGGUUCUUCACCUUCACUUUUUUCCACAUGCAGUUCAUGGACCUCUUCCACAACUUCCUCACGCUGCUGGAUACCCUCGACGUGGAGGGGACCCCCGCCAUCGUCCUGGGCGACGGCUCCAACCUGAAGUGCGGCGUGGGCGCAAAGCAGAACUUCAUGUGCUACCCGAGCAUCGGCAUGGGCUCGUACCACACGCUCUGUGUCGCAAUCAUCAGCGCCGCCAUGGGCGCCAUGAGCUACACGUGGCUCAACUUCAGGGGCGUGACCACGGGAUCGACCGCGCUAGGCUUCGGGCUGUCUGGCUCGAUUGUCGCCCUGUACGGCCUCUACGCCGGCGCUGAGCUGGACCAGGCGACUACCGUGCAGCGCAGCUUCCAGGACUGGGUGUGGUUGCGGCUCAUCUUCGUCGCGUUCCACAUCGCGAUGGAGUUCAUUCGUGGCCUGUCCCAGAAGGACGCUGCUGGCCUAUUCGCGCACACUACCUCGUUUGUGUCGGGCUUCGCGUACGUGCUCUACUUCCUCCCGCCGAUGGGGGACGGCACUCUCCUGCCGUCAGACCGCCCGUACAUUGUGCCUUGUGCCUACGACAUCCACGGGGAGGACGCGAACUACGCGACGGACGUGGUGCCAGAGUGCGUCCGGCUCUUCUCGCAGGCGUACGAGUACACUAUCCCCGACGCCCAGGCCAAGGCCCUUUACCUCUUCGCUGGGGCGGUGGCCAUGACCGUGGCGAACACGUUCUUCUCGGUCAGCUCCAGCGACGCCGUUCUGCUCGCCGGGUCGGAGGUGAGCGCCAUCUGCUGCACCCGCCGCCAGCAGAGCGGCCAGAGCCCGGCGGGGGGGUCCAACAUGGAGGGCAAGGGCAUCGUGCUGUGGUGCAACGUGGAAGGCGUCGAGAAGCUGCCGGCCGCGGUGGCCGGCGCCGGGGCCCUGCACGUGGAGGUCCGCUACCUGGACGCGGAUCCUCGCGGCGACCUGGACCGCGCGCCGCUGGUCUCGGCCCGCACCCGCAACGAGACGGGUGGCCCUGUCGUGCAGUGGAGGGAGCCCCUGUUCUUGCCGGUGAAGUUCGCGAAGGCCGCGCACAUCCAGUUGGUCCUUCGCCGCGCCGAGGGCGGCGCAGCGCUGGGCCACGCGGCGCUGACGAUGCCGCAGGCGCUGCGCUACGGCCGCGGCCGAGACCACAGCCGGAAGACGCUGAAGCUGAAGGCCGUGGGCGAGGGCGCCAGCGGCGUCCUUGUGCACGUGUCGUUCAAGAGCUUCGAGGUCGCCGAGCUGGAGGAGAUGCGCGCUAGGCUCAAGGUCGAGAUCGCGAACACAGGGCUCCAGCGACGUGAGGUGGAUCACUACCUGUCGGCGCUGCAGCGAGCAGGAGUAGACGAGAGGGAGGCCCGCGCCAACGCCGCGGAGAUCAUCGAGGACACCGAGGAGCUCGACGGGAAGAUCACCGACCUCCAGAUGUCCAUGCACGCGGGCUUCGCGGAGGCCAGCGCCAUUCAGAAGAAGAUGGCGGGCGCCUUCGACCUCCGCACCUCGAAGAUUGAGCAGGACAAGCUCGAGGCCCAGAUGCUCCAGGUCGACGGUGCUGGUGAUGGUACAGCCGACCCGCCCUCCCUCGCCAAGCAGAUGCAGGAAAACAUCCUCGGUCUAAAGAAGUCGCUGCGCGACAUUUCUCGGUGGGAGCGGCCCUCGCUCUUCCUCCGGAAGCUGUCCCCGAACGCGCUGCUGGUCAACGGCAGGCCUGCGCAGGCGCAGGAGGCGAGCGAGCUCGAGGCGCGCCGGCGGCUGCCGAGGGCGGUUGGCGGAUCCUUCUGCGGCAGGGACAACGCCACGCCCUUUCUGGCCUUCGUGGUGCUGCUGCGGGAUGCGGCCGCCGUCACGGCCAAGGUGCGCUACGACCGUCAUGUCGAAGCGAAUGCAGCCGCGGCCGCGAAACUCGAGGGAAAUCCAGGCGCGACCAGGCCGCGGGUGCUGUCCGCGCCGACGCUGCCGGGCUGCGUGCCCAGGCGCGGCGCGGCGCCGGAGGCGCUGCGCGGCGCCGCCCGCGGGCCUGCCGGGGCGGAGGGCACCGGCGGGCUGCUGGCGGAGCACGCGGGGUGGCCGGAGGCCGUUGCCGAAGGUAUUGCGGGCGGCACGCACCAUGUCGAGGACAUUCGCAAGUGGCUCUCCGCAGCGCUCAAGGAGGAUCGAGCGGGUGCAGCUCGAGGCGGCGCACGCGGCCAUGGUGCGCGGCAUGGAGAGGCAGCUGGAGCAGCGGCGCGGCCUGCUCGCCCGCCCGGGCGAGGACCGCCAGGCCGACGGACGGGCGUCGCUCGGCGACCACGCCGGGGCGGGCCAGUGUUGGGCCGACGAGGGCGCCACCCUCGAUCACGAGCGCGCGAGCAUCGCGACCGUGGCGGCGGGCAGGCGCCACAGCGACGAGAAGGCCCUCGACCCCGAGCGCGCGAGCCUGGCGGCGGCGGCGGCGAGCAGGCGCGCGCCGACGUUCUCCUCCACGAGCUCUGGGCGCGGCCAGAACCCCGACGCUCGGCUCACCUGUGGGCCACGUGGGCGCAGCAGACUCGCGACCUCUCGCUCUUCUCCGCGGACUCCUCGGAGGCGCCGCUGGUCAGCGCGUCGUGGUGCAGGCACGUGCUGGGCCUCGUUACGAGCGAGUUCUCCGAGAUGCUCUUCUCAACGCUGAUCGUGCUGAACGUGCUCAUCGUGGUUGCGGAGGCGCAGUACCAGGGCAUCGAGUCGGGUUACCAGCUGGGCGUCCCGGGGUCGGACAGGCCGGCCGAGGAGACCUGGCCGGGCGCCAGGGCCGUGUUCGAUUUUUGCGACUUCGCGUUCGGCGCCAUCUUCACGCUCGAGAUCGCGCUCAAGAUCCUGGCGUUGGGGCGCCGCUAUCUCAAGGACAGAUCCGUGGAAUUGCUUGGACCUGGCCAUCACCGCGUCUUGGGUGUUGGAGAAGGUGUUCAGCUCCAUCCUCCCGUUCAAGCCCAGGAUGGUCCGCAUGUCCCGCCUUCUGCGGCCUCUUCUUCGGUUCUUGAGGCUCAGCAAGUUCGAUCGGGCGUACGAGUCUGUCUACCUCAUCACGGCGUCCAUGCGGAGAGCAGCCUGUCCGCGCUGGCGUGGACCAUCCUGUUCUUCUUCUCUGCCGAGCUGGUCCUGGCGCUCGUCUUGAAUCUCGUGCUCGAGGACCCCGGCUAUUAUUUGGACGAGGACAAGCCGGAGGCGUCGCGAUUGGAGACCUUCGCGCUGUUCGGUUCGUCCACGAAGGCACUCCUCACGAUGUUUGAGAUGUUGUUUGGCAAUUGGUACGGCAUCACGCGUUUCCUGAGUGAAGAAAUCAGCGAAUGGUACAUUGCGAUUGGCUUGAUCCACCAGCUCUUUCUCGGCUUCUGCAUGAUCGAGGUCAUUGCUGGCGUUCUGAUACAUGAGACGUUCAAGGUCGCCGACAAUGACAACAGCAUCAUCAUCAAUGAGUUUAAUCGCUCGCAGAGUGCGUUCACUGCGAAGAUGGAGGACUUAUCUGGCUUGCCGACGUGA